UUGCUGUAGCAAGUGGUAGCAAGAGCCAAGAGCAAACUGUAGUGCUGUAGUGUUGAGGUUUUACAAACAUGAGCGAAGGUAAAGGUGUGGAUAAGCUAAAGUACUUAGAAAAAUACUUGGCCCCGAAAGAAAAAAAGAAAGCGAAAAAGUCGAAACAUUCUUCGGGACACAGGUUGCGCAUUCUGGAUGAUGAUGUGGACCUUAAGCAACUGCCUUCUGUGCAGAAGAAGGCUGAGUCAGAGGACGAAGAAGCCCCUAUUGUUGCUUCUAUCGUAGAUGAUCGCCCUCUACAUGUCAGAGUGGCGGAACAGUAUACCCCUUCUCAGUGGAAAACCCUCGAACCAAAACAAGAAAACCAAGAAGAGUCCGUAAAAUCAUCGAAGCAGAGCCCAUCUAAGCGGACAAAACCCUCCAAAACCAGGGAGUCAACACACAAGAGAAGACAUGGAUCUGACAGUGAUUUGUCACCAGAAAGGCACACAUCAUUAGCACACAACAAAACCAGGAAAAGACAUUCACACUCACCUGGAGCACCCCCAUCAAAAAGGCACGACUCUGACAGUGACCUCUCACCCGAUCGACAGCCAUCUUCAGCACCAAUUAAACGGGGAAAACAGUCUGGGGCAGUAUCACCAAGUGAUGAUGCAUCACGGACGAAGAGGCACGACUCUGGCAGUGACUUGUCUCCACAAAGGAAUAAAGGUUCAGACAGCGACCUGUCCCCACCAAGGAGAAGGGGCUCAGGCAGUGAUGUCUCGCAGCCAAGAAGAAAGGGCUCCGACAGUGACCUUUCACCCGUGAGGAAAAAGGGUUCAGACAGCGACCUCUCUCCACCAAGAAAGACAAGUCGCAGAAGCAUGCCUUCGCCUCAGCCUCAGAAGAGAGAUUCGCACAAAUCACGCAAGAAAGCAGAUAGAACCUCAUCCAAGGAAAAAGUGAAGGUGAAGAAAGAGAAGGAGGAGGAAAAAGUUAUGGAGGUAGUGAAACUGCGAGACGAUUCAAAGGCACUUAAGGCUAAAGCUGAUGCUGCCAAGGAAGAAGAAAAGAAGAAAAUCUACAGCAGAUGGGGGAAGGGGGUUGUGCAACAAGAACAACAAGAAAAACAAUUGGAGGAGCACCUCUAUGAAAUGUCCAAGCCAUUUAGUCGGUAUGAAGGGGAUGCUGACUUAGAAAAGCACCUCAAGGAACAAGACAGAGCAGGAGACCCAAUGCUCAAGUAUAUUAAGAAAAAGAAGGCAUCUGCUACAGAAAACACCAGGCCACGGUAUAAUGGUCCAGAGCCUCCGCCUAACCGGUUUGGAAUCUGGCCAGGCUAUCGGUGGGAUGGAGUAGACCGUUCCAAUGGAUUUGAGAAGAGGUUGGUGGAGCAGAAAAACAGUUCGAAAGCCAAUGAAGAGGAAGCAUACAAAUGGAGUGUGGAAGACAUGUGAUUAAUUGGAAAUAAAUGGAACUCUCGUUUCA